UUGAAGCCCACCGUUCAACGGAUUUUCUGACCAAUUCAAAGCAUUGACGCGUUUUUAGCGAAAUUAUUUAAAAAACAAUUAUAGUGAAGUGUUUAUUUGCGAUUAUUAUAUGUGUAUUGUGUCAAGAUGACGACGGAUAAAACUCGGAAGGAGAAGAAUCAGAACAUCCAAGUAUCUAUUCGAUUAAGACCUCUGAACCAGCGUGAGAAGGACAUCAAGUCUCUUGGCGUGAUCGAUGUAGUGAACAACCGAGAGGUAGUGGUGCGCACAUCACAGCAGUCCUCACUCACUAAGAAGUUCACCUUUGACAGAGCUUUCGGCCCCUCUGCUAGUCAGGUCCAAGUAUACCAAGAGGUGGUAAGUCCUCUGAUUGAGGAGGUCCUCAAUGGCUACAACUGCACAGUGUUUGCGUACGGCCAGACUGGCACGGGCAAGACCCACACUAUGGUCGGAGAGCACACUGGGACUGACACACAUUGGCAAAAUGACCCGCUAGCCGGUAUAAUUCCCCGUGCUCUCUCCCAACUGUUCGACGAGCUCCGACUCACCAACACGGAGUACACAGUACGAGUCUCCUACCUGGAGCUGUACAAUGAAGAACUCUUUGACUUGCUGUCCACCUCGGAAGACAACUCUAAGCUCAGGAUCUAUGAAGAUGUCACGAGGAAGGGAUCUAAUAUUGUUAAUGGCUUGGAGGAGAUUACAGUAUACAACAAAAAUGAAGUGUACAAGAUUAUGGCCCAGGGACAAGAGAGGAAGAGGGUUGCCUCCACUUUAAUGAACGCACAAUCUAGUCGCUCCCACACCGUCUUCACAAUAGUAGUUCACAUGAAAGAGAACAGCUCCGAUGGUGAGGAACUCAUGAAGAUCGGGAAGCUCAACCUGGUGGACUUAGCAGGGUCUGAGAACAUCAGCAAGGCGGGUUCCGAUAACCCAGCGAAGAAGGAACGGGCGAGGGAGUGUGUCAAUAUCAACCAGUCGCUGCUGACUUUGGGCAGAGUUAUCACGGCGCUGGUGGAAAGGCAUCCUCAUAUACCUUACAGAGAAUCAAAACUGACACGUAUCCUCCAAGAAUCCCUAGGAGGCCGGACCAAGACCUCUAUAAUAGCUACAAUUUCCCCUGGACACAAGGACUUGGAAGAAACCCUGAGCACCUUGGAGUAUGCCCACAGAGCCAAGAAUAUUCAGAACAAGCCAGAAGUUAACCAGAAAAUGACCAAAAAGGCGAUUAUUAAGGAGUAUGCAGAGGAAAUUGAUAGGUUGAAGAGGGACUUGCAGGCUGCUAGGGAAAAGAAUGGCGUAUACCUAGCCAAUGAGACUUACGCAGAAUUGACAUUAAAAGAUGAAGAGCAACGCAAAGAGAUCCAGGAGCUACUCCUCAAGAAGAGAGCCAUGGAGGAGGAACGCGAUCGCAUGGAGGCCAUCUUCGACGAGCUCAACCGCAGCUUGGAGGCCAAGAACCGUGAGCUGGAGACUACGGUCGGCCAGCUCGAUAAUACUAAGAAGGAAUUGGCCAGUACUAGCCAGCAACUGUCCCGCACCCGCCAAGCUUGUGAGGAGCAGCAAGUCCUGGUGUCGGCGCACUGCAGCACGGAGCUGACCCUGAGCGGCCAGGCGCGGGACCUGCUGGCCACCGCCGACCUGGCCAGCAGCCACGUCGCCAAGCUGCAGGACACUGUCGACCGCCGCAAGAAUGUGGAAUCAACCAACUUGCAGAUAACGAGCACCUACAGACAGGAAUCUGAACAGCAACGCAACAACAUCAGCUCAGGGGUGCAGCACUUUGCCGACACUGUCAACGAGGCGUUCAAUAACUUGCACACUGCGAUAGACACAUUCGGCGCAUCGAGCUCUCAGACGCAGGAGCAGAACAAGCAACAGCUUGACAACCUGGUGCAGACCUUCAUUGACACUAUGAAUCAGAUAAAAUCAGCGACAUCAGAAAGUCACAGCACGCUAGUAAACUCAGCAGCCAGCCACCGCUCCGAGCUGCAGUCAUCAGUGCAGUCCCACUGCAGUGCAGUCCGCAGCACGCUGGCCGCGUUCCUGCACAGCUUCGUCACGUCACUGCAGCAGGCGCAGGCCGUCGAUGUCAAGGGGAAUGUCGCGGCUUUUGUGCAGCAGUGGUACGUGGGUGCGGCAGAGCGCGUAUCGUCGCUGCAGCGCGCGCACGAGGCGUGCGGCGCGCGCGCGGCGGCGCGUCGGGAGCAGCGCGGCAGAGCCUACAGGCAGCAGAGAGACGCUAGGAAAGCGCAGCUAGCUAGACGCGCUAACAUCGCACAGGCUUCACAUCACGAAUUAGAAGAAGAAACAGCCAAACUUCAGAACCUACUCACAAAACAACUGUCAGACAUAGAAUCUGAACGUCAGACCACAGAAAGCAGACUGCAACAGUGGAUGGAAGAAAAACGCAGACUUUUGGAGGAAGAAAUCGCGAAACAUGUAGCUAUUGAAAAACAGGCUUCAGAAGAUAGACUCGCUAAGAAAAUAGCUGAGAUUGAGGUGCUGCAGAAAAUAUUGGAGGAGAGGAUGGAGCACUACAAAGAAAGACAGAAGGAACAGAUAGAAGCUGACCAGAAAGAGUUGGAGAUGGCAGACACAGAGUUUGAGGAGUUCGAGAAGGAGGGAGAGGAGUGCGCUAAGGAUAUCAAGAAAUAUGGCAAGGAGUUUGAAGAGAAUACAAAUGCAAUCAACGUGGACAUGGAGAUAUUCAGCAAGAACGUGGUGGAAGUGGUGGAACAUAUCAACAACGAGAUGCUGCGGGUGCUCGAACAGAUACGAGUGCACACUGAGCAAGAAGUACAGAACGUGAUAAGCCAAGACGAACAAACGAGCCAACAGUUUGUGCAAGCUGCCGACUCCACGCUAAAUACUAUGUUGGACAACACUAAGCAGAUCACUGACGAACUUGUUACUAAUGUUGAGACGAACACACAGACAGCAAUCCGGCAACUAUCAUCCGUGGCGACGUCCACGGGCGACUUGAUCUCCCAGCUCCGCUCGCAGGUGUGGGCGCACAGCCACGCCUGCGCCACUGCGCGUGCGCACGUGCGGGCGGCGCGCGCGCAGCUCCGCGCGGCCCUAGCCACGCAUGCGGAGUUGGAGGCUAAAUAUCUCACUGAAGAGUAUAAGGUGUAUGAGCCUACAGGAGCAACCCCCAACCGCAUCGAGUACCGCUACCCGCGACAGCUGGCCGCCACCUCGCCGCACGAGCGACUGCUCGCCCGCUUCCGCGCCAUGCGGCAGGGCAGCCAGGAUGAUGACUGCAUAGUAGUAGAAUCCGACACAGAGACCCGUCCGGCCAGUGACUCUGAAUGCUCCACAUCCGAGGAGUCAGUGUUCGCGGCGCCGUCCCCGCCCGAGCCGGCCAGCAGGAACCCGCUCGUCAAGAGCACCUCCGAGACUGACAUACUCUAUACUAUCAACAAGCAACGAGAAUAUGCCAAAGAGAACGGAGACCGUUCCAUUUCAGGCAAGAAACCUUCCAAGCUGCCCGCGCCUUCCUCUCACAAGAAAGUCCUCGCGGAACGGAACGCUAACUGACGACAGUAAAUAUACCAUACUGUUUAGGACUUUGAUAAUGAUGGCGUGAAGGUAUUGUGUUCAAUGUCGAAGUUUGAAAACUCACCGAUAGAUGGCGUUGGGUACGCUUGGCCCUUUGACGUAAACACUUUUUGGUACGGUAAACCUGUUUGUUCAUCAAAAACACUGAAAAGAGUAUUUUUUAACAUUCUGCAUUUCACAAAAAUUACAAUAUAAUAAUGAUUUUUAAUAAUUAUAAUAUUUGUUUAAGAAGUAAAUAUGUAUUAGUAAUGGGUUUAUGCUAUUGUUUGUACGUAUGCAUAGUUAAUUUUAUUAUUAUAUGACAGUCGGACUAAACAGAAAUUAUAUAGAAUUUGACGAGAGUUAAAACAUUAUGUAGUAUGUGUAUUUUAACGGAAACUUAAUUUAACUGCAUAAAAUAUUAUAUUUUAUUACUUUAGAUAUGUUUUGAUUGUGUGUGGAACUGCAUGAUUAUUUAAAUUCAAAUGAUUGAGUAAUAAUAAUAUUUAUCCAAUUAUUAACUUUGAAUUCUAUUUCCUUUAUUCUAACUCUAAUAACUACAGUAUGUAGUUUAAAAAUACUUGACUUAGUUUCUUUCUACUUUACAGAAAAGGUAAUUAAAAUUAGAAAAUUUACUAAAAAUGUACUUCUGUCUUAAUGUGUGAACAAUAGUUAUUCUUUGAAUACAAUUACUAAAAUUAUUUGGACUUAUUUUCUGUAAUGUACUGGUUACACCAAAAAUACAUUUUGCCUUUAAAUAGAAAAUGCUUUUCUAUUACAAUUUUCAAAAAGUAUUUGUUUCAUAAAUUCCUUUCAAUUAUGAUUAAUUAAUUUUGUAUUUUAUAAAGUAUGUAGUUUUAAUGUCACUAUUUUAUUUUAAGGUUUAUAAUGUUUGCUAUAUUAUUUUAGAUGAUUAUAUUAUUUAGCUUGAACUUGUACUGUGUAUCGAUAUUAAUUAGUUAGUUACAACACUAUAUUAUUGACUUUAGAAUAGUUCAUAACUAAGAUUUUCGAAGGACAAAUAGUAGCUUGAUUCAAAGUUUAUAAAAAUCUCCAAUUAGUAAUACAAAAUCAAUUAAAAUGUCAAUAUGUAAAAAAUGAAGAUUUUCAUUUAAAUGAUACUGGGUUAUAGGUAAAACAUUAACAACCUCUUAGGACCAUAUUACUAAUAUCAUAAACUAAAACUUUUGUUCUAUGACUUUUAAUAAUUCUCAAAUUUUCACUCAAAAAUUAAAACAUUUCAAGUGUACGCUUUAAAAUUUACGAAGUCUAUGCGAAGCAAAAGAAAGGCUAGUUAGGUAAACAGUAGUACAAAAGACAGCGGAGGGGAGCGGGGCUUGGGCGGCGGGGGAGCGUUUGAACUUGACCUAUUCACGAGCGGCCGACAGUCGGUUUUAUGCGCCCGCGUCGCCUCAUACGUGUCCUUGUAGCGAAAUUCGGUAGUGCGAACGUAACUAUCUUUACAGUAUGGCGUAUCGAUAUUCAAAUGUCGAGUACACGGACAUGGUGCGAAUGCUUGCUAGGUGUGAUGACAAUGUUUCGGAAGCCUGUCGCCAAUACGCCAUACGAUUCCCAAACAUCCCUACACCUCGCUGAGUGACAAUGCUAGCCGCCACACAGCGGUUACGAGAUUACGGGCAAUUCCGAAAUGCCAUCAGGGAUAGUGGUCGUCCACCGAGGCACACAGUACGUGAAGAAGACGAUAUUUUGCUUUUUUUUUAUUUGACCUUUUCGUAAAAAGGCGGGAAAUCGUAGCGUAGCGAGUUACCAAUUCAAAAGUAUGACUAGAUACGAGAAUAGUGCGCGGGAGGCGUGGGUAGGUAAAGAUCUUGCAUUCAUUUCAAAAGUGUAAACCCUCCACCAAACGAAUUUAUUGUAAUGUGUGAUAAUCUCGACUCGUCCACACACUCUAAGGUCGACUAAUCGCUCGACUGGUCUCAAUCGGGCCUUUAGUUGGUGAAGAAAUGGUAGGGGCGUGCAAAUUUUAUCAAUAUAGCAAAAUAGAGUUGAAAUGUGUUAGAUAGAACAAUGAAAUCUUUCAGGUUUGUUUUUGGCAAAUGUAUUAUGUUUUAUAAAAAGUCCUAGAACAAAAGUUGUAGUUUAUGAUGUUAGUAAUACAGUCCUGCAAGGUUGUUAGUGUUUUACCAAUAAGCCUGCAUAAUUGAAAACGGCAAAAUUAGUGCAUAGUCGCUCAAUGAUGUCUAAUAUGAUAGUAUGUAUUAGUUUGGUAAAAGCUCUUAUAUAAAAGUACAAUACAAAGCGGAUAUUUGAUAUAUUUAUGAACAACGCUUUUCUGAAUGCUCUCAAUAAAGUAUAAUUGACUAAAAUAGGAAA